UUUUCCGUGUACAAAUGUCAAAACAAAUAUAUUUCGCAUUGGUUGUUUUUUUAUUAUUGUAUAUACAAUUUGUAUUUUUUUAACCAAAUCCAAUAAAUAAAUAAAUUUCACUAAAUCACGGAUAUGCUUUCGGGUUGGUACUGUCGCUCCAUGGCGAACCAACAAGCCGCUCAAACCGACGAAACAGAUCCCAAUGUGGACGAUGAUUCCGGAACAGAUGAUGAUAGUCAAGAGCAGCAGCGUACACAGUCAGGUUUAGGUAUUGGGGGUGGUAGUGGUAAUGGAGGAGGGAAUAGUUCAGGUGCUGCUAACCCCGUGGAUUAUAAAACGCAAUAUCGAUAUCUUAAGCGCAAGCUUAAAUUUUUGAUUUAUGAAAAUGAGUUUUUUCAAGAUGCUCUGCGUUCCAACCAGCGUAGAUUAUUGAAAGUAUCCCGCGACCGAGCUUUUCUAUUAGAUCGUUUGCUGCAAUAUGAGAAGCCGGAAAAUACGUCAUCGGAAAGUGAUGAGACUGACUCGUCAGAUGACGAGGCAAAAAGGCGAAAACUUGAACAAAAUGUUGCUUCAAAUGGCGGGGCUGUAGGUGGAGGUUCCACACGAGGACGCAAAAAGAAAGUGCAAGCUCAACCCAAUGAAAAUUCACAAACCCAAAUACCAAAAACUGUAGAGAUUCAACAACCCCAGCUAGCCCCGACAUCUGACAUAGAGCAACCACAACAAAUGCAAAUGUCCGCUGCAGAAGUGGAACGACACUUGCAGUCACGUCAACAAGUUAUGGAGCUAGUACAAGACCGCGCGCCUGCUACUGUGCCAACAGAAAUGUUCAGCAAUGAGCCUUCCUUAGACAGCGAGUCCAAUGAUCAUAUCAUAGACGGAUCCUCUCCCACUCAUGUUGCAGCUGAAGAAUGUGUGCAAAUGGAGUACACUAAUUAAAUAUUUUAUAAUGAAAAUCGAUUUCAGUUUAUUACACAUUAAAAGGAAUCCUUAAUAUCUAAAUUAGAUUUACAAGAUUA